CACACACACACACAAGCCUAGUCUACAGCAUUAGUGAGUGCAUGAGAGUGUGGGACAGACUCUACCCUCCCACGGCCGCUCUGCGCCAACAAGGAGUUUAUUCAACGUUCCGUUACUGAUUUCUAUUUGUUUGUCACUAACCACGUAUCUACUCAGUCUUAGGAAUGCCAUGGCUACUCAGAACAACCAGGAUUACUUCAGGUCGGCCAGCAGCGAGUCCACCACAUACAUGAUGGUUCCGGCGAACAGCCGUGGUCGAGACUCGCCGUCAAAGUUAUGGAUCGCGAUGGUGGUGAUCGUGGUGGUCGUGCUGCAGAUCGCUUCGACCACCGGACUCUUUGUCUACUUAAACAUGUCUUUAUCGCAGGUUAAAAAUCAGGGGGUUACAGAAGAGCUGCGGUGCUUGGGAUUGCUCAACGCCCUGGAUAAAGACCGGGACAUUCCCGAAGACCUGGCCCAAUUGUUUGGAGAACCUUGCAUCAAGCUAGCCGAGGGUAUCAAAGCCUAUAUUUCCAAGGUUACAGACAGUAUCAUCUCCAAACAGGCUUUCCAUGAAGCAAGAGCCAUACCUCAUUCAUAUAAUACAUCAGGGUCGAAGUUCAUGACCACAGUGACACAGCGACCGUCAGCCCACCUGACUCUUAGCAGUCUACCAGUGGGUGCUCAAUACUUCACCCCUCAACCAGACCUGCACCAGUCCUGCCGCCACCCUGUACGUUCCUGGGCCAACCAGAGCUUCGGCGCCCAUCUGCACAACAUGACACUGGCUAAUGGACGCCUUCGCGUACCCCAGGGCGGUCGCUACUACCUGUACUCCCAGGUGUACUUCCGCUACCCCUCUCCUAGCGAGGGCGAUCAAAACAGCGUGAGCCACCAGCUGGUUCAGUGCAUCUAUAAGAAAACCUCCUACUUGAGACCGAUUCAGCUGCUGAAGGGAGUGGGGACCAAAUGUUGGGCUCCGGACGCAGAAUACGCCCUUCACUCAGUGUACCAAGGCGGGCUGUUUGAGCUGCAAGCAGGUGACGAGGUCUUUGUGUCCGUCUCAUCUCCCACAAUGGUGUACGGUGAGGACUCUUCUAGCUACUUUGGAGCUUUCCGUCUGGACCUGUAAGAACAUAUCAGAGGAGCUAAACCGGGACUUAUCCCAUUGGGAAAAGACUUCAUCGUUCAACUUCCCUUUCCUUAAGACUUUAAAUAUGUGAAGGAUGUGUGAAUGAGAGACAUUUCAGACAAGGUUAUUUCUUUUAAAGACAGAGGAAUGUAUGUAUAUUUCUACAGAUCACAUCAAAGAUGUGAAACUUUGAAACAGUAGCAAAAAACGAAGAGGAGAGACAAAAACUCACAAAGUGAAUCAGUGCCAAUGAACUCGCUCUUGUCCGCUGGAGGGGAAUAUUUUGUGAACAGCGGAUCUAAAACAGUUUUAAAAACAGAGAAAUGAGAAGAGAAUGAUGACAGCGGGAAUGUGGAGGAAAGAAAGAUGAGAGGGGAAGUAUGCAGCUCUGCCAGCCUCAAAGCAGCAUCCUGGCAGUUUGCAAGACUGUGGAAUUCUCCCCGUCCUGUCGGACCAGCGGAGCAACAUGCCCGGACAAGAAAAGGACCUAAAAAAGUUCACAUGCACACAUAAACACAGAGGAAUUCAGCUUGUUGCUGAAGAGCACUCAUUUUGUCAUUUAAGAGCACUCCUUUUCUUGAGUAUUUAUGGCUUCCAUGCAUACAAAACACAGCGAUAAGAUACAACACACAUAUACGUUUAGUCUCAGAUACAAAUCAUUUUUACAAGUCUCCCUCUGCUGUCUGGUCCAGGGUGCAGGAGGAAGUACUGUCAGGGAGGGACGCACAGAGACACGUGCUUCCCAGCUCACAUGGUGCCAGCCAUAUGAAAAGUUAAAUAAACACUACGCUACAUGGUUUGUUGAAAUGUCGCAGCCAUAUAAUGCUUCGUUUUUGCUAGUGUGCUGACAAGUGUCUCUUCUUAGUUGUACAUCCUUCUCUUUCUCUAUGUGGUUGGUUCAACCUGUGUAUAUAAAAUUGUAUUUAAUUCAGAAUCAUGAGGUUUGGAAAUGAAUGUACAAGCGUUGUAAUGUUCUCCCAUCAAAAUGAGCCUCACGCUGUAAACGUAAACGCUGUGGCGUUCUCCAAAUGAAACGGCGUUGUGAAUCUCAAGCCUGUUUUUUCUGAAGAAAAAGUUUUUGAAAGAGGAGAGGGUGGGGGUGAUUACUUUUUCACCAUAAAUGAUGGAGUGCUAUCACAAUGGUGUUUCUGAGAGUGAGAGCAAACACUCGCUUGGGUUUCAUUGUAAACCCUGAGCAUGUUUUCUUCUCUCUGGACUCUGCCCCAGUUUUUACUGAGAAAGUCAGUGAGCUAAAGGGCCCCUGCCAAGACAGUGCCUUAAAUCACAUUAUACAGCAAAAGUGAAUGAGCCAAGACUCUUAACUACGGUCAUAAUAUUAGUUAUACCACACAUUACAAAACUUCAUUCUGUCUGACUCUUAUCUGCAGUUAGUCUGGAUUAAGAAACUUGGAUGCUGAAUUAAUCCAAAGGGGGAGAACAAAUUAUUCUUCAGCAGGUUAAUGCUUUUGGUGCAAGUGCACUUCUGUCGACUGGUAUAAUGUGCCACAAUGCCAAAAUCUCUCUAUACAGGGUGCUUUUUUAUGUCUUAAGGGAAUGUGAUGUCAGAUAUCACUAGACUUUAUCUUCCAUUUUCACAGACAAGGCUUAAACCUAGUCCAGGACUAAAAUGCAUGUCUGGGCUGUUUUAACUGAAAGAAACUUGCACUGACUGAUCUUAAAAUAUGUCAGAUUCAUUGUUUUGUCUCAAGAUGCACACCAGUAAUGUUUUUUAUUUAAGGCAUAUUUCUAAAAACUACUUAAAUGUCCCAAUUGAACUAUAGCCUAAUCCUGGCUUAACCUAAGCCCUGUCUGUGAAACUGGGCCUGUAUGUGUAAGUGCCUUUGGGUUGUCGUUAUGCACUGAUCUGAGACCACGCUCAAUCUAAAUACUAAGUUUUAUCAUGUUAAGGGAGGUUCAAAGUAUGUUUUAGAUCAGUGUUGAAGUCAUAUGUGACCUCAUCAGUGCUUAUUACCCAUCAUUUCGCAGCCCAGUGAGACUUCGUCUGCUUAGCGAAAACAUGAACAUUUUGUCAUGUCGUUCCAAACCUGUAUGACUUUUUUUCUGUGGAACACAAAAUAACUAUUUUGAAAAAUUGUUGUGUUUUUGUCCAUACAAUGAAAUUCGAUGGGGUCCAUUGAAUUUCAUUGUAUGGACAGUGCAAAAGAAAAGAAAGUAAGUCUUACAGGUUUGAAAUGAAGGUGAGAAAAUGAUAAAAUUUUCAUUUUUGGGUGAACUUUCCCUAAAGGAGUCUGGAUAAUCCUACCAAUUCACACUGACCGAGCUCAUUAUCCCAGUCAAUCUGCUCCAGCCCGCCCAGGGUCUUAUGUGAGUGUGCACAUGUGUAUACAAGUUGAAAUAUGUACCUAUCUGUUCAACACAGGGGUCGUAGUGGGGUGAGGGGUGGCCAGGAAAGAGAAAUAUGGCUGAAUUCCAUCAGCUCUAGAGGAAUUACAGCAGGACUUGCCCUCUGAACCACAAAGAACCACAGUGUGAACACAGAAGACAAAUGUUUUUUAGGUGUGUACAUAAAUGAGUGUGUGUUUUUUAAUUAAAUGCUUGACUGGUUUCUAAAACAUGGACGUGAUGGUUUGCAUACUUUAAAUCUCACCGAGCUUUGCGGAGACUUUACAGGACUGCUGUGAAAAACUUGAGCGGGGCAGAACACAGUGAAAUCCAAUGAGCAACAUGAACUGUCAGUUGAUACAAAAGGACUAUUGUAUUUCCUUUUCCACUGAGGGUUUGUUAUUUUCUUUGUGAUUGUUAAAUUCUCUGACCACCAAUCUUUGGGACUGUUUUCCAUUUAAAAAAAGAUGCUAUGCACUGUUUACCAAUGUUGCGUCUCCAUCUUGGUAAGAAUGUAUUGAUAUCUCUCGCGCUCUCCCUUUAUUGUAUAAUUUUACAGUGUCCUUAAAACAUAAGUUCGAGGUGUCAUUUUUCAACAAUUAAAGUGCCUUUUUUUGAAUCUUGA